GGCGCGGUAUUUACGCUGUUUACUCAGCAAUAUUGAGCAGCAGUUUAGCGGCUCUGCGCACGCGUCGCGGACAUUCGUACGUCGCACCGAGCAGCGACUAGCCGGCGCAAGAGUGUUUAUUUAUCAAAUAGUGAUUUUAUACGUGUAAGUGAAUAAAAUGGAUAAGUGUAUUGAAAAGUGAGAGUUGUGUUAUUAUGUUUAGCACAAAGUCGAGUUCUGUGCUCAGCGGCGCGGACAAGGAGCCAGUGCCAGCGCCAUCGCCUGCCGAUUCAGGAGUCGCUGAACUGGAGAGAGACCAGCAUGACUAUAGCACAACGGAACGCGUUAGAAGUCAUGAGGUCCGUGUUCGAGCAGCCCGAGGUCUCAUGAUGCAGAGCUUCGGACGCUCACGGGAUGAGCGAGACGCGGAACUGGCGCGCGUCAGACGAGACCGAGCGCUGCUUCGUCAGAGGCUUGAAGACACGGAGUGGAGUCUCUGUCAGAGAGCUGGAGAGAUCGCAUUGUUGAAAACACAACUUAAGGAUGCUCAGAACGAACAAACAGCAAAAGGACACGAAUACCUUACCCUGAAAGCGGACUGUCGCCAGCUGAGAGAAGUCCUCGACAAGAAGGAGAAGGAGAUCAUGAGGCUCCGAGCAGAAACGGACGAAAAAGAAAAGUCCAUUAACCGAUUACAAUCAGAAGUAGAUCGCCUCACCAACGACCUCAUGGAAAGCGUGUCAGACCUCACCAAGACGAAGGAGUCCAGCAAAAAUGAAAUCGAAAGACUAAAAACCGAGCUGAAAGAGCUUAGACAAGAACUGUCAGAUAUCUCCCUCAGUGGGUACGAAGGCAUCGAGUGCGGGAGGACCAUGAGAGGCAUCUACGACGUCUGCAAAAAUAAUGAGUACCACUGGAACUCCAGUGAUAGUGCCUUAGAAGAUGCUGAAGUUCAAAGACUGAAUGGAGAGCUGCCGGACUCGUGCAGCGAGCCUUGCGCCGCCACCGCCAUUGUCGACAGACUCAAGUGCGAACUGGAAGCUAAAGAAACCCAGUUCAACAACGAGAGAAGAAAAUGGUCCGAAGAAAAGGACAAAGUACUUCGAUACCAGAAACAAUUACAGCUGAACUAUGUCCAAAUGUUUAAGAGAUCUCGUACCUUAGAGGCGGAAGUGGACGGUCUAAGGUUAGAACUAGAAUUAUGUAACAAGAACAUGAAAAACUUGAACAAACAUGGCAAGACUAUCGAGCUAUAAACAUUACCAAAUUCAAAUAAUUUAAUAAUAAUAUUUAUAUUUAAAUGGCUAUUUUUCUAAUGUAAAUAUACAAUUAAGAGAAAAGGCGAGAUUAUUACUAAUGUUAAUAGAGAUACAAGGAUGAACAAUGAAGAGAGAGUACUCGAAGCUGAUGAUGUUGAUCAGAUCAGUGUGGCAGAUCGUGGUUUGAGGAAUGUAAACUAUGACGAUUUCUUGCCUUAUAAAUGACAAUAUGAUACUGUAGUUGAGUUUAUCAAAGUUAUGUUAGAUUAUUGCCGUCAUAAUACUCAACUAGCAGUUAAGAGAAGGACGAAUGUGUGGACCUAUUGUUGCAAAUUGUAUAAGGUCGGAGCAAAACAUCCAUUCAAUAAAAGUGUUUUUGUGUUGAUAUUACUAUCAAACUCAAGGCUAAAUUCACAAAGAAUAAACUAAAUGAAUAACAACAAAUGCAACUCUUAUUAUAUGUAGGUGAUAAAGGUGAUUGCAUUUUGAGAAUUAUAAUCAUGGUAAAUCAUAUUUUUUCUGAUAAAACUUUAAUUUCGUACGCAUAUAAAUGUACUCCUCAAUAAGAAUUUAGAUCAGGCAAAGAUUUGUGUGAUUUUUUGAUCAAUCAAUCGAUCGAUCAACCUAUAUUAGAAACUCUUCUCCAUGGUGGAUCGAGAACAAAAAUCAAUUCUGAAUAAAAUUAUGAAAAAGAUCCUUCAAGAACUGUAAAACGAAUUUCUUUACUUAAAAUUAA